AUGGCGGAGCCCAAAUUGCUCGCCGAGGCUCUCAAUGCGGUACUGCGAGCAUCACAAUUGCCCGAUGACAGAAAAAGCCUCGUAGUCGGCGAUGAUUUCAACAACGGUCUCGAUCUCGGCGCGCUUUUGUGCUCUUUGCACUCUACCGGUUUCCAAGCCGCGCACCUGGGUCAGCUGGACUGGCGGUUGAGUGAUGAAACUAUAGAUGAAGACAAUAAUAAUGAUCAUAGAGAUCCAGAGUAUCAGAAAGGAAUGAAGUGCAAAAAUUUCUUGGAAUGUACUUCCAAUCUCAUUUCAUCUGGAGCUCGUGAAACCAUUAGCUUUCUCAUUGAGCACAAAUUGGUAGAUGUGCUGGUUACUACAGCAGGUGGAGUUGAGGAUCUUAUCAAGUGCCUAGCACCAACUUACAUGGGCGAUUUUGCUAUGAAAGGGGCUCAGCUUCGUUCUACAGGUCUAAGUGGUAUCGGAAAUUUGUUGGUGCCUAAUGACAAUUAUUUCAAAUUUGAGGAUUGGGUUGUACCCAUUCUCGACCAACUUUUAGUCGAGCAGAAAAAUGAGGGUAAAUUGUGGACUUCAUCAAAAGUCAUAGCCAGACUUGGUAAGGAGAUCAGUUAUCCAGACUCCAUAUGCUACUGGGCACAAAGGCGUGCUACUCUUAAAAAUGAACAGUUUGUUGAGAUGCUGAUACGUUGUGAAAGUACUACACCUACAUAUUGUCCUGCACUUACUGAUGGUUCGAUAGGGGAUAAGAUCUACUUCCACUCUUUUCACAAUCCGGGCCUUGUCAUAGACAUUAUUCAAGAUAUCGGAGGGAUGAAUGGUGAAGCUGUGUAUGCUUCGCUUUCUAAAACGGGAGUUAUCAUCCUGGGGGGUGGCCUUCCAAAGCACCACAUUUGCAAUGCAAACUUGAUGCGGAAUGGGGCAGACUUCGCUGUCUUCAUCUAUACAGCCCAAGAGUAUGAUGGUAGUGACUCGGGAGCACGACCUGAUGAAGCAGUUUCAUGGGGAAAGAUUCGUGGCAAUGCCGAUUCUAUCAAGGUUAACUGGUUUUACACUGAACUACAUUCAUUCAUUAUUCUCCCACAAGUCUUUUCUUUAUUAUUAUCAACAUCAUCAUAAUUGUUAUGUUAAUUUUCACUUACGCCUUUUGGAUUUCCUCCUGAGACUUGGGCAAUGUUUUUGGACGGUUUUGAAUUUCGGGUUCACUGUGACGCUACGAUAACAUUUCCCCUUCUGGUAUCCCAAACAUUUGCUCCUAGGGUGAAGACGGAGGGAUAUACGAGGGAUAGAGCUGACUCAAAUUGAUGAAUUCCAGAGCGCACAUAAAGAUGCGUUUUUUGGACGAUUCUUGUUAUACCUGGAGUAGGAAGAGAUAUCGCAACAAAAGUUAUAAUGCGAUGCAUUUUUUGGACAUGUACAGUGCCAGAGUUACAUUGUUAGAGCUAAUUUAUGUAGGACAUCUUACCAUUUGAACCUUCCCACUUUUGAGCACGUCUCCUAUAAUUUAUUUAUAACAUUCUUUUUGUCGCCGAAUUUUGGACCUUGAAAUAUUGGAAUUUUGUUAACUUU